UCUGUCUGUUGUAUUCUUCAUAUAUUUCGCCAUGUUGGCCAGGCUGGUCCCGAACUCCCAGCCUCAAGUGAUCAACCCGCCUCGGCCUCCCAGAGUACACUACAGGCGUGAGCCACCAUGUCCAGCCCCCACAUUGCUUCUGGCCUCUGUGGUAGACCUCCCAGACGGGGCGGCCAGGCAGUGGUGCUCCUCACAUCCCAGACGAUGGGCGGCCUGGCAGAGGCGCUUCUCACAUCCCAGACGAUGGACAGCCGGGCAGAGGUGCUCCUCACUUCCCAGAUGGGGCGGCCGGGAAGAGGCGCUCCUCACAUCCCAGACGAUGGGUGGCCUGGCAGAGGCGCUCCUCACAUCCCAGACGAUGGGCGGCCGGGCAGAGGUGCUCCUCACUUCCCAGACGGGGCGGCCGGGGAGAGGCACUCCUCACUUCCCAGAUGGGCCGGCCGGGCAGAGGUGCUCCUCACUUCCCAGAUGCGGCGGCUGGGCAGAGGCACUCCUCACGUCUUCCCAGACGGGGCGGCUGGGCAGAGGCCCUCCUCACAUCCCAGACAAUGGGUGGCCGGGCAGAGGCGCUCCUCACUUCCCAGACGGGGCGGCCGGGAAGAGGCGCUCCUCACUUCCCAGACGGGACAGUGGGGCAGAGGCGCUCCUCACAUCCCAGACGGGGCGGCCUGGCAGAGGCACUCCUCCCAUCCCAGAUGGGGCGGCCGGGCAGAGACGCUCCUCACUUCUUCCCAGACAGGGUGGCCGGGCAGAAGCACUCCUCACUUCCUCCCAGACGAGGCUGCCAGGCAGAGGCGCUCCUCACUUCCUAGACGGGGUGGCGGCAGGGCAGAGGCGCUCCUCACAUCCCAGAGGAUGGGCGGCCAGGCAGAGAGGCUCCCCACCUCCCAGACAGGGUGGCAGCCGGGCGGAGGCUGCAAUCCCAGCACGCUGGGAGGCCAAGGCAGGCGGCUGGGAGGCGGAGGCUGCAGCGAGCCAAGACCACGCCACUGCACUCCAGCCCCGGCAACACUGAGCACCGGGUGAGCGAGACUCCGUCUGCAGUCCCAGCACGUCAGGAGGCCCAGGCACGCAGACCACUCGAGGUCAGGAGCUGGAGAGCAGCCUGGCCCACAUGGCGAAACGGCGCCUCCAGCCAAAGGAGAAAAGCCAGGGAGGGGUGGCGGCGCGUGCCGGCAAUCCCAGGCAGCCCGCAGGCCGGGGAGGAGAAUCACGGGAACCGGAAGCAGGGAGUCUGCAGCGAGCCAACUACACUCCAGCCUGGGCCACAGAGGUUUGGAAUAUGGUUAUGAUGGCAGAAUUGUCCAGGUCAAUAUAGUAAAAUACUCUGACC